UAGAUAUGAUACUUGUAUAAAUGUGGGAUUUCCCGGAGUAAAUCUUAGUUGAAGUUCCGCGCCUGUCUUGUGUGUUCCUUCUUUGUCCCUUUUUUUUUGUGCGGUUACAUGAUGCAUUCCAAUAACGACCACCAACUAGCCCGCUUGUCCCUGUUAAAUAUGUUACUUUCUAGUUCAAUGGGCCCUGUUCUUAUGAUACUUGUAUAAAUGUGGGAUUUCCCGGAGUAAAUCUUAGUUGAAGUUCCGCGCCUGUCUUGUGUGUUCCUUCUUUGUCCCUUGUUUUUGUGCGGUUACAUGAUGCAUUCCAAUAACGACCACCAACUAGCCCGCUUAUCCCUGUUAAAUAUGUUACCUUGGGAUACACUGGCACGCACCCACUCUGGGGGAUUGGCCAAGAGUCUGGCGGGUCAAAGUUCAAAAUAAGAGAACUGAUCGUUCGCACGCGUGCAUAAAGUAACAACGAAGAAGAAGAAGAAGAAGCUCGAAACCCCGGCGCCAUGCGUCAAGGAAGGUCAUCCAAUUUCCAUCCACCUGCGCCAAUGGGCACCGCAAGCCGAGUUUCUUUGGACCUGGUUGGUCCCGAUGAGAGCGUCUCGACGAUGCCUCAAGACGCGGGGCCUUCCUGUUCGCAUCUGGACGCGGCCGAGGCCCGCCAUGAGCUCGACAUGGGGCGCCGUGCUCAGGCCUCGUCAGCGGCCAGUUCAUCCGCGGUGGCCACAGGCGUCACUCCGACGACCGAGGCCGACAGCUGCGGAAGAGGCCUCGAUGGCGGUGUGUCCGGCUGGGCGUCCGCGAUCUCCAAGGAGGCCCUCUGGGUGCUGGGCAUCGUGGUGGCGCUGUGCCUGCUGCUCGUGGCGCUCGUCUACCUCAACCUGAGCCACAGGGCGGGGAUGUGAAGACUACCACGAAGCGGCCAGCCACACCCACUUCGUGGGCCUGUCGCAGAAAUUUAAUUUUUUUACUGGAAUUCAUUGGCAUAUUUGCGCUUGCUUCUAUGAAGUCUCUAUUUCUUUGUUUUCUUGCUACUGCUGUUAUAGAUGCGCACAUUGUCGGGCAAAAAUUAUUGCAAUUUUGCUCAACAAGCGACAACGCCACUUGUGAGCCAACACAAGCUUCACUUGAAAAUGUUUUCAGCAUCGAAGCGCACUCUCGUCGUGGGUGCCAUCAUUGCAUUUGUUCUGUCUAGCUGUCAACGGCGCAUGCGCGGCUCGCGUGCGACGUCUUCGAGGCACAGCAAGGAGUCCGCAGAGACGCGGAGAGCGUUGGGCUAAAUAAUGAAGCGAAGUGGAAGCACCAUCAACGCUCCGCUCAAUCGCCUCGAUGGCAACGCAAGAGGAGCGUUCUUCCUUCCACUGUUGGCAUGGGUGUUGUGCGCACACGCAGUAAAGCAUACUAACAUUCGUGCUAAGCUACUAUAUCGUGUAUCACUGAUCUGAGCGAAACGGACAUUAAACGUCGAGCUAACAUUAUCUAAUAUUUCA